AUGGAGUGGGAAUCAGUUAAUAGAUUCAUAACCUGGCCAUUUUACCUUUUCCAAGAUCUAGAAGUGGUAUUUCUCUGCAGAUUAUUAUGUAUUGUAAAGACUAGAUUGGAUAUAGUAAAUAAUCUUCUAGAAAAAAUAUAUCAUAAACACGAUAUCAGAAAGUGCAAACUGUUCACCAUUAGUAAAGUAAGUUUCAUUUCUAAUCCAGUAAUUAACAGAAAAGUUGAGAUAAAGGAGUUAGCAGCCAUGUACAAUUUAAUUGGUGAAACCUGUAGUUUAAUGAAUAAAGUGUUUAAUUUCAGUAUGUUCAUGGCUCUUGUUUGCGCAUUUAGUAAUGUUGUCGUUACGGUUUGGACGACACUUUACUAUUCGAGAAAGCUUCGUGAAUCUGUAACAGGUAGUCUAGUGAUUAGUGCUACUUGGACAUUUAGCGGGAUCUGCACUAUAUCAUCUAUGAGUAUUGCAUGUGAGGUACUUAGAAACACUCGAAAGAAGACUAAAAUCUUAUUGAAUGAGAUUAUUAUGGACUACAGUCUCACAAGAGAAGUUAGAGCUCAAGCCAAGUCCUUCAUGGAAUUAACGGAUGCUUGGCCUCUGGAGUUCAUUGUAUAUGACAUGGUGUCAGUAGACGUGACCCUAAUCUUGAAAUUUAUCAGUAUCUGCACAACCUACCUGGUCGUUUCAAUUCAAAUGAUGAAACAUUUAUUCUAGAAUGUGUAUAUGUAGGUACGGUCAGCUGCA